AUGCCGUACCUCAACACCAGUACCGAGUGGUACGAGCAAUCUUCGUUACUGCUGAAAGCGAGGCCAACAAGUACACGCAUCACAUCCAAAUACACGGUCCUGAAGCCCUCGGCCUCGAAGGUUAAGAAGCGCGAGAAGUACGCAGCGAAACAAGCAGCAAAGCCUGCCAACACUUCACGUACAUCGUCACCACCACCGCAAUCGCAGAACCCCCAAGAAGUCACAGCGACCUUCGUUCUGAAAACGUACGACCCAGUUUCGGGGACUUGUCUGCAGUAUGAAACAACCAAGGCUGCGGAGGUAGGGAGGUUGGUCAGCAGCUUGGGCAGGCUAGGGCGCGAAAUGGCCGCAUUACCAGAAGCUAUUGAGGACCUGAGCGCACCACAAGAUGCUGGUGUCGCAACGCCGAAGGUAGAUGAGCAAGGGGAUGCGAAGAUGGGCGGUGUGCCAGUACCAGCGGCUGCAGGUACAGGUGGUAAGAAGAAAAAGAAGGGCAAGAAAUGA